UAGGAUGACUCCGCGUGCAGUCCGAGGCUGCCAUCUGACACCGCAUCGUGAGCUCUAGGGUAACACAACACCACAUCAAUUGUCAACCGCUCUUACUAUACUCUACAGCCUUUCCACAAUUCUCAAAAUGACGUCCAACGGCGGAUAUACCAUAAUCGAAGGGCUGCCGACGCCUCAAGUGUACCACGACCUACGAAAGCUUGCUGGCAUGACGCCCCCGCCGCUUGAAGCUGUACCAAAAGCACUGGAGAACUCCUUUGUCGGCAUUUUGGCGUACGAAACGAAGGAUAUGCUAGACGAAUUAACACCCAGUCCAGAUCAGAUCCCAGUUGCGAUGGGUCGCUUGCUGGGCGACAAGUCGCUGUUCCUCCUGCUCUGCGAUGUCGCGGUGCAUCCACAUCACCAACGGCGUGGACUUGGGAAGCGCAUCAUGCAAGCACUUGUCAACUAUGUGGAUGCAAACGCUCCUCAAGCAUAUGUCAGCUUGGUCGCAGAGCCGGCGGCGCAGAAGCUGUAUCCUCAGUACGGGUUCAAGGACGUGCAGCCCAGCAUUGGGAUGUACAGGAUGCUAAGGGAUCGAAAGAUCGAGGGCGAGGUUGUCAAUGAGGGGUCAUCAGGCGGGGCAGCGUGAAGCUGUUGAGCGAACACAUCUUCGAAGUGAUGCUCAGAGUGAAAGCCUCUUGAGGUCCGGGUGCAAAGUGUGCGAUACAGGGACCCAAGACAAGCACGUCAACGUUAAACCAAUUAAUCAAUUAACAAGCACGUCAAGGAUGCUGUUCCAAAG